AUGGGAAAAAAAGCCAUAAUCAGCAAGCACAUUGUUUUAUGUAGUUUUACACAAAAUUACUCUCACCAUCCAGUAUAUGGAAUAAUCCUCAUAGAUGGGGACACAAUCCAUGAUGUGGUGUUUUUAGAUGACAAUAUCCCUGUUUCUGCUGUUCUCGAAAAAUACUCACUCCACCAAUUUAAAUUAUAACAAAAAUAUCUGUAAAAUGUCUUUUUCGGGUAAAUUAAAUCCCUUAGAUAAAAAUUUUAGUUUUUAUUGGAAAAUAGCAAUUUUUAUGAAAAAAUUACUUAAUUUAAUGGAUGGUGGCAAAUAGAAUAUUUUAACGGCUCCAUGCCAAAUGACAAUGGAUUUUUGAUAGUGUACGUUUUCACCGAAAUGCAUUUGAUCGAAAAUUUACCUUUUUUUCAGUCAAAUGUCUCACUAUCAAAAGUGUCAACCAAUUUUCGACCAAAAGUACUUGUCAGAAAUGCACACUAUCAAAAAUGCACGAUAAUUGGACCUGCACUCUAUUUUAAUAGUUGACGCACUGAAUAUAUUUUUUUUAAUAAAUUAAAAAUUAAAAACAUUUUUUUAUUAUUUUUAAAUGUUUUUUUAUUAUGAAAAUUUUGUAUUAUUAUUUAUAUAAAUAAAGUUGAAUCAUAUUUUUUGUUCCAAUUUUAAGGAUGUGAGUCAGAAUGAAAUCCUCAGGAUUGUUCAAAUUUAUAUGUCUCUCCUGGGCUAAUUGACUUAAAUGUUAGAAGGGAAUUUGAAAAUUACACAUAUCUGACUAAGGCAGCAGUUGCGGGCGGUGUCACUUUGAUUGCUGAAGAAGAUGGUUAUUACACAGAUAAUCCUCCAAACGGAGAACUCUUUUGUGAUUUAGGUAAAAUCGCACUUGUUGAUCGGACAAAUGUGCAUUCAAUGGAAAUUGAAGCUUCAAAAGGCUGCUUAGCUUUCAAAGGAUAUUUUUACCCUCCAAGCAGCUCUGUGCAAGCUUUACCUCAUAAUUUAACGGCAGUGUUUUCUAAUCUAGAAAAAAGUUGGUCAAACCUGGCUGAGUCUACCAGGCUCUAAUACUCUACUUGGCAGUCCGGCUUUACCUGGCUCUAUUUUUCUAUUGGCUCUACUGACUCUGCCUGGCAAUUUAACUCUAACUGCUUUAUCUAUCUGCCAGUUCAGUUCACUUGGCAGUCUGACUCUAGAAACCUGGCUUGGUCUAUCUGACUCCACGGCUCUACUUGGACAUCCAGCUCUAUCUGGUGCUCAUCUCUAGGGUCUACUUCACUCUAUAUGUAAUCUGGUUCUUCCUAGCAGCCUGACUCCAUCUGGCUCGCCUGGAUCUACUGGUCCACCAGAGAGUCUAAGCUCUGUAGGUAUUUUCGUCUAUAUUAAUUAAUAAUUAUUUAUAAAGAUAAGCGCCUAAUACCAAUAAAUUUGAUUAAGUUUCAAUAAUGAAAUUGCGAUUCAAACUAAUUGAAUUCUUUAACUAAAAAUCAAAGCUACUGAUAGAGUUGAUAUAUAUUUAUAUUUUUAUAAAGUUCAUUUCUUUAUAAAUUUAAAGAAUUAAGUUCAAUUUUUCACUAAAUGUGAUAUAAAAUCUUGUAUUGAAUAGCUAUAAUUUCUUUAUAAGUCUUCAUGCUUUUAUUUUCUUACAAUCUAAAAUAUAUUUGACCUGAUUACCAUCUAAAAUUUUUUAUUCAUAUUUUAAUAUUAAAUUGCUAAUUGCGUAAUAAUUGAUUUUUCAGAGAAUUUUAAUGUAAUUUGAAUUAUUGAGCUUAUUAUUUUAAUACAUAUUUUUUUAGUAAUACAUCUUUUUUGGAUAAUUUUUCAUAAUCAGUUUUAUUUUUUCUAUUUGAAAUCCAUUACACGAAAGAUCACGCUAGGAUUGCUGGAUACAAUUAAUAUUUAUAUGCCAAAGGCCUUAAAUGCUGCUUAUCAUUGAUACUUUUGUAUAAAAAUUUAAAGCAUUUAAUAAAAGAAAUAGAUUUUUACUUUUGAGGUUUUAUGAGAGUUAAUUUUAUAGUAGACUAAAAUGGUAACUUUGAUGGAAUCAUAGCAAUUUAUUAGGAUUUUGUUUACUCCUAUAAUAAUAUAAAUUACACUCUCAGCUGAAAGGCUUUUUAACAAUUAUUAUUUUUCUAUAAAUAUCUAAAUUAUGUUAUAGACUUUGACAAAAUUAUAUAUAUUGAUAGUAGCUGUAGACCCAGCCAUGCUUGAACAAAAGUUGGCCUACCAAUGCUUAUUGAUCCUACGCUACCAGACCCAAGAAUGCUUUAUAUGGCUUCUCCGAUGAGAAUGGAAUCUUUGGAAACCAGAAAUGACAAGAAGACAUCAGAAAAUUUAAAUUUAAAUGUAUUUGCAGGAGCGUUUUCAAAUGCGAUUGAAAGCGAAGGAGAGGAUGAAGACGAAGACUUUUCUGAGGACUCUCCGAAUGAUAGAUCAAAAUGAAUGUCAUUUCAUGAAGAACAAGAUAAACCUAAUGGCUCUUUUGCAAAAGACAGAUCACAUUCUGGAGAAAUAUUUGACUUUGAGAUGAAUUUUCAAAAAAAUGCUUCGCAUUUGGUGUGUCCUGAAAUUACUGGCUCUCCUUGGCUGGCUUUUUAAGUUAUUUUUUGCUUGCUCUCAAAUGUGGGUUAAUUUUUUUAUAUAAAACUUCUAUAUAAAAUGUUUUUUCUGGUUUUAAAAAAUUUAAAAUUAUAAAUGUUUGAAAUGAAAAAUCUAAUUUAAUUUAUAAAAAUGCUAUGCUUUAUAGUGCAAGCUGUUGAAAAUAUUAUAUAAUAGCUGGAGAUCUCAUUACUAUAGAAUCAUCAUAUAUAAAAAUAUUUUCCAUUUAUAUUGUAAAAAUUUUGUCAGCAAAUUUUUCCAAUUACUUUCUCAAUAAUCGAAGGGAGGAGUGAGGAAGAAGAAGAGCAAAGUCCUGCUAAAAAAAAGAAGCAUAGAAAAAUGCAUAAAUCGAAGUCUGUAUACACAAUUUUUGAUGAUUUAGAUAGAAGGAUAAGGGAAUGUCAGCAGAAUAUAGAAUGUCUAAGCUUAGCAGAGCAAUGCACAUAUAGUGACUCUGGUCUGACUCAAUUUUCAAGAAGAAAAAGCUUAUCACUUGGCCAGACAGAAUGUGGAUAUCAGUCAGAUAGCGACUCUAGUGAUGCUGGAAAUGUUAUUUCUACCCCAACACCAACUGGACUUUAUGAGAGAAGGAUGAUCAACAAGCGGCCUAUUCCUAUUAAAAUAGAAAAAGCUGCUCAAGCCAAUAAUAAAGAAAGAAGUUAUGUGUACCAUCUUGCAAAUUAUCCAGAUUAUUGAGAAAUUUCAGGUGUAGAAAAACUUAUACACAGUCUUAGAAGAAAUGUUUCAAUUCAUGUUGUAAACAUUUCAUCUGCAGCUGCUAUUAAUAAAAUUAGGCAGGCAAGAGACCAUUUUCCAUGUCUAACAUGCGAGAUUCCUGCAAGCCAGCUUUAUUUUAAUAGCAAUUCUGUAGGAGAUGGAAAAACGAUAUUUAAAAAUACACCCCCAAUUAGAAACACAGGAAAUUGCAACUUAUUGUGAGAUUUGCUGAAAAUGAAGGCUAUAGAUUGCAUAACAUCACAGCAUGCUUUUAUUGAGCCAUCUUUAAAAUCAAUUGACACAGGAAACUUCCAAAAGGCUUUGAAUGGAAUUUGUACGAUGGGGUUCACUUUGCAAGCUAUAUGGACAAUGCUAAACGUUCCAGUUAGUAGCCAUAUGCAAUUAGAGCAUUAUAUAGUUAGAAUGUCAAAGUGGCUUUCCUUGCAUCCUUCUAAAAUUUUAGGCCUUCAAGACAAAAGAGGAUCAAUUGAAAAAGGAAAGUAUGCUGAUUUGGUAAUAUGAGCACCAUAUGAAAGAGUUUAUGUAUCAGAUAUUUAUUCAGAGAGGAAAGAGAUGUCUCCAUUUCUUUCUCAAAAUCUCCAAGGAAGGAUCCAUAGUGUGUACAUAAGAGGAAAGCAGGUGUUUGAUGGUGCGAGCUUUAAAGCCCGAGGCAAAAAAGUUUUUAGAAUUAAUACAAAUAGAAAUUAG